AUGGCGGAGUUCGACUUGACCUCGAAGAUGGGCCAGUAUUUGGACAGACAUUUGGUCUUUCCUCUCUUGGAAUUUCUUUCUGUCAAAGAGUUGUAUGAUGAAAAGGAAAUGCUGAAAGGGAAACUAGACUUGCUGAGUAACACAAACAUGGUGGAUUUUGCAAUGGAUGUCUUCAAGAACCUCUACCCAGAUGCAGAUGUGCCAGCAAGCUUGAGGAACAAGCGUUCAGAUGUUGUGGCUCAGCUGAAGCGACUCCAGGACGAGACACUGCCCAUUACAAAACUGUUUGAGGACCAAGAGGUUUCCAAGCAGAUCCAAACCACAAGGGAUGGGAGACAACUCUUUGACUACUUGGAGAAAAACCACAGAUUUCAAGCCCAGAAUGUGGAGACUCUGUAUAACUAUGCCAAGUUCCAGUACGAAUGUGGGAACUACUCAGGAGCAGCUGAAUAUUUAUAUUUUGUCAGAAUUCUACUCCCUUCAGCUGACAAAAAUUUCCUGAACACAUUAUGGGGCAAACUUGCCUCUGAGAUAUUGAUGCAGAACUGGGAGCCAGCACUUGAGGACCUCAAUAGGCUCAAGGAAAUCAUAGAUUCUAAUGCAUUUUCCUCGGCGCUGCAGAAUUUACAGCAGAGAACGUGGUUGAUACAUUGGAGCCUGUUUGUCUUCUUCAACCAUCCCAAGGGGAGAGACUUGAUUAUUGAUAUGUUCCUCUACCAGUCACAGUACCUGAAUGCGAUACAGACAAUGUGCCCCCACAUCCUGAGGUACCUGACCAGCGUCAUCACUAACAAAUCCCGUAGGAGGACUGUGCUCAAGGACCUUGUCAAGGUCAUUCAACAGGAAUCAUACACGUAUAAAGACCCCAUCACAGAAUUUGUGGAAUGUCUCUACGUGAAUUUUGAUUUUGGAGCUCAGCAGAAGUUGAGGGAAUGUGAAACGGUAUUGGUGAAUGAUUUUUUCCUGGUGGCCUGCCUGGAUGAUUUCAUUGAGAACGCAAGAUUGUUGAUCUUUGAAACUUUCUGCAGGAUACACCAGUGUAUCAGCAUCAACAUGCUUGCAGAGAAGUUGAACAUGUCUCCUGACGCUGAAAGAUGGAUUGUGAAUCUGAUACGGAAUGCCAGACUAGACGCCAAGAUAGACUCUAAGCUGGGACAUGUGGUAAUGGGCACUCAAGCUGUCCGUCUGUUUUCACCAUACCAACAAGUGAUUGAGAAGACAAAAAACCUGGCAUUUAGGUCACAGAUGUUAGCUGUCAAUAUAGAGAAGAAGCUUGGUGUAAGCAACAAGGAAUCGACAGACCACCUGUCCUACUUUUCCUACAGAAAAAUAGUAGAAGAAGUGGAGGGCCUGUUUGAAAAGAGUAUGAAUAGUUUGGCAGGCUGCAGGUUUGGUUGA